AUGCCCACAUGUAGAAUGAGGGCAGUCUCAGUAGCAAGUGGCGGCUUGUACUCCUUCGGCAAGAACGAUCACGGACAGCUCGGCCUCGAGGGUGGCGAGUCCAGGUUUGCACCGGUGCGGCACCGAACGUGCACGUCUGUGGUAGAGCAGCUGGCCUGCGGGUACUACCACACUGUGGCGCUCAGCAGGGCUGGGGAGGUGGUCGCAUUCGGUCGCAAUGACUACGGGCAGCUAGGGCUUGGGCACAGGGAAAGUACCUGGCAAGGGGGCCAGGUGCCCGACCUCGCGGGAAAGCGAAUCAUCCAGGUCGCCUGCGGCUCGUACCACACCGUCUCGCUCGAUGACGAGGGUCGAGUUUACCCCUUCGGGAGAAAUAACCAUGGGCAGCUAGGGACAGGGACGAGAGAGGAUGCCUGCCGGCCGUGCUUUGUCGAGGGGCUCUCCGAAAGUUUCGUGUGCCAGGUGGCGGCGGGGUUCUACCACACGCUGUGCCUUACGGGUCCGCCUCUGGAACGCAAAGCAGGGAUCGGCAAUGCCUUCGUCGUCCGCGACUCCAAGUCGCUGAGCUCCGACCUCUACCGCCUGCUCAACAACCCAUCCCGGAGCGACGUGGCGUUUGCCGUGGACGGGAAGGUCGUCUACGGGCAUAGGUGUAUUCUUGGCGCCCGCUGUGAGCCCCUGGGGCGCAUGCUGGACGGCCCUAUGAGGGAGGCGUGUUCCGGCGGGGGAAGCAUUCCCAUGCCGAACCACAGGCAUGCCGUCUUUCUGGCCUUCCUCGAGUACAUUUACACAGAUAAGGUCAUUGCGCUCGGAGCCGACUCCCUUGAUCUAGAAUUCUGCCUGGACCUGAUGGACCUUUCCGACCAGUACCUAAUGGGGUCGUUGAAGCGACUGUGCGAGGACGCCGUUCUGAGAAAUAUCACGGUGAAAAACGCGUGCGAGCUUUUUGUCACCGCCGAGGCACGGCUGGCCCUGUCCCUCCGAGACAGGUGCCUCGACUUCAUCGUGAGGAACUUUGGGUUGGUGUCGUCGACGCCCGGUUUCGGCUCGCUGUCUCCGCCGGUAAAGGCGGAAGUUGCGGCGGCGGCGGCGGCGGGGGCGGGGGCGGGGGCGGGGGCGAUGGCCUCUACGGUGACAAAUUCUUGAUGCGGAGUUCUGCCCAAGCUGAGGGUGUUUGGAACGAGUUGGAGCUUAAGAAUCCAAUAUGGUCAACAACAGAGCCCAAAAUGGAGACGAUGACGUGUAGAGCACCUCUCGCGCCACCUUCACGCGUGUCGAUGCUGACGAAACACGGUACCACUCUACUUCGGUGACUGCCUUGAUGGAGGUUGUCUCUGCUUGGUUUGCAUUAUCUUAUUGUAAAAGUCUGGGCUUUCGGGCCGUUCAUGGCUUGUACGACUGCCGUCAGCUGCCGCGUGCGUAUGCGAUGUUUGUUUGUUCUCGUUCGUUACGAUUUUUGUCGCACGCACAAGAAAUAGUUGCUUGGCCGGUGCAAGUGCCGGCUCUUGUUCGCUUGGG